AUGCCAGCUCGGGUGCCCAGCGACCAGUUGCAGAUCAGCAUCGACCCCCAGUUCAACUACGACUCGCAGCUGCAAGACCUCCGCAAUGACGUCAAAAAAAUCAAACAGCUCGCGUAUGCCAUCGAGGACGAGCGCAAGCUGCAGGGCGCCGACAUCAACACGCUGGAGGAGUACAUGGAGAAGGCCCAGAUGAUGCUCAAGAAAGCCAGCCGGCGGCUGACAGCUGUCAGCAAGCAGUCACGCAGCUUUCUCAUGCUGUGGGUUGUGCUCUUCGGCCUCGGCCUCUUCUUCGUUGUGUAA